AUGUUAGGUUUAUCAAUAAAGGUACAAAAUCAAUAUGUUCAAACCUGGAAAGAUGAAAAUCGCACGUGGAAUGAGUUGGACUAUGGCAAUAUAACUCGAAUUCAUGUGAGAUCAACGAGUAUCUGGACACCGAGUAUAGUACUCUUUAACGCUGCCGGCGAUAGUAGUAAUCAUAUGGGUAGCACCCAAGUAAUGAUUUAUAGUGACGGCAGCUGUUUGUGGGUACCGCCAGUUACUUAUACUGUUUUUUGCCAUUUGAAUUUCAAAUUGUGGCCAUAUGAUUUACAAAAAUGCACACUACUAAUAGGUACAUGGAUACAAACAGUUAUUGAUCCAUACUCCGGUACGAGUACCAAGGCUAUACAAUAUGAAGAUUUAAUACAAUCUAUUGAAUGGGAAAUUGUUUCAAGCAAAUGGAAAUUUCAUAACACAGAUAAUCAUUUAGAGAUGAUGUUUACUUUACAGCGUCGUUCAACAAUGUAUGCAGCUGUUAUUUUUAUCCCAGCAUCCUGUAUUGUUUUAUUGGCACUCUCAACAUUUUGGCUUCCAUCACAAAUGGGAGAAAAGAUCUUGUUAAAUGGCCUGGUUAUAAUCGUGAUUGCAAUCUUUUUAAUGUAUUUUGCACAACUUUUACCAGUUAUGGCCGAGAGCACACCAUUGAUAGUGAUGUUUUAUAUCAGUUCUUUACUGAUGGUUACUUUUUCAACUAUAAUUUCAACUAUAGUCCUUUAUCUAUCGACAUCGAAGCAUGAGAUACGUUUGCCAGUUGGUAUAAAAAAAUUAAUGGAUGGCACUAUCAGACAAGUAUUGUUGUUACCAAAUUUUACAUUAGGCACGAAUACAGUAACGAUUAUGAAAACUGAAAGAAAAGAGUUAGAUGAUCAUAUCUUUGUAAAUCAAGAUGUCGAUAUACCAAAUCCUAACUGGAUGGAUGAUAAAUGCACAUGGGAUAAGGAGGUUUACGAUAACAUAAUACAACUACAUUUGAAGCCCUCUACUGUUUGGAAACCUGAAAUAAUGCUUUUCAAUAGUGCUGACGAUAAUAGCGAUUAUGUCGGCGAUACACAAGUCUUACUAGAUUAUGACGGCGAAAUAUUGUGGGUUCCACCGGUUAUCUAUACGGCGUAUUGUUAUUUAAAUUUUAAAAUGUGGCCAUAUGAUACACAAAAAUGCACACUAAAAAUUGGGUCCUGGACGCAGACUCUUAUUGAUCGACAUAUUUUGUCAAGUCCAGAUGGCAUAGAUUCUGACGAUGUAGUAAAAUCUAUUGAAUGGGAAAUUGUUUCGACUAAAGCAGAAUCACAUCAUUCAAAUUACAAUAGUUAUGUACAGAUUGACUUUGAGUUAAGGCGUCGUUCCACGAUGUAUGCAGCUGUUAUUUGUAUACCAGCAUUCUGUAACGUUUUAUUGGCACUCUCAACAUUUUGGCUGCCACCUCAAAUGGGAGAAAAGUUCUUAUUAAAUGGCCUACUGAUAAUUGUGAUUGCAAUAUUUUUAAUGUAUUUUGUACAAUUUUUACCAUUAAUGGCCGGGAAUACUCCAUUGAUAGCUGUAGUUCUUUAUAUGUCAACAGCAAAACAUGAAAGACGUUUGCCGACUUUUAUAAAAAAUGCUCUGGAUGGUACAUUGAGUCAAAUGUUGCUGUUAUCAAAAUUUACUCUAGAGGUGAAUACAGAAACGAUGGUUAAUAGCGAUACUGAAGAAUUGGGCGAUCAUAUAAAUAAAAAUCAGGAAGCCGAUUACGUGGGCAUAAUUCAUUCAACUACACCUUUAGUUCAUUCAAUUCAAUUUGAUUGGAUUUUACUGGCAACUGCUGUGGAUCAUAUUAUGAACACAAUAGACCUGAUGGUCGUUGUGCCACAUCCCUUAACAAUAAUAUAG